AUGAACUCACGUAGUCAUUCGACACACAGAAGCGCCAAAGGAAAAGAACCUGCGCGGAGCAGCAUCAUUUACUUCGACGAUCCUCCCGCCCAAAACGUGCCCUCAACCAAUGCCUCAAGGGACACAAACGCCAGUAAAGCCACAUGCACCGGAACAAACAUGACACCCCUAGGAACUGUCUCAGAAUCCAGCAAGACAGGCGGGCAGAACCGAUUUUCGCCCUCGUCUCUAUCCAUAGGUCCUAGACCAAACCGAGGGCAGCCGCACCCAAGCCUACCAAUAUUCUCAAGCAACGACUUUCCUCAAGCAGAAACGAGAUCGGGCCCUAAUAAUAAUGUGAACAAUGGGAACACCACUCCUCAAACCCCGCAGGACAUCCGAAGAAGGUCGUUUACGACAAAAGAAAAGUGUCAGGCCAUAGAAAUGUGCCUGACACUAAGAGAUGAGUACCUCAACAUGCCAUUAGCACUUAACCACGACCAAGGUCCCUUCUGGACCAAGGUUCUAAACGAAAAGCUUGAUCGUAACUUGGCUGCGAAGGUCAAAACUGGGAAAGCUCUCAAGGAGUGUGUGGAGUAUUGGUGCCUCGUUCGACGAACAUUGCUACGCGAAGGUCGCUUGCCGGCGAUUUCUCAAAGUCAACCAGAGUUAGAUACUCUGGUUGACUCGUGGAACCAAGUCUUUGCUGAAAGAUUCUGCCGAAUGUAUAAAGGAUACUUUGAGAGCGCUUCGACGUCACAGCUCCCUGUCCCUCGUGCUGUUCCAUUGCCAAUGGCUAGCAGCGAUCAGACUUCAUUGCCUGAGUCGAACGAGAAUGUGGCAGCAUUCGCCUUCAAGAGCACCUCCGGUUCCACGGACUCCUGCGAGACCAUCUUCACCAACCCAAGAACGACAGAGCAGGCCCGAAGGCAGCUUCCCCAGGGGUCCCAGCUCACAGUAUCCAGACACAUGGGUGGCUAA